AUGGCAGGCCCCCGGCACCCCGUGUCGGUAUGCACACUGGCCCUAGUGCAGACAGAGCGGCAUCAGACAUUUGUCUUCUCUGUGAGCUGGUCGGACGACAGCGACACCUUUGUGCGCAGGAGCUGGGAUGAGUUCAAGACACUCCACAAGACCCUCAAGGAAACCUUCCCGGUAGAGGCGGGCCUGCUGCGAAGAUCAGACCGUGUUCUCCCCAAGCUUCGCGGUGAGGCCGACGCAUCGCUGUUGGUGCGCGGGGGGCGCACCGGUCGCGGCCUAGCGCGCCUGCGGCUGCUGGAGACCUACUCGCGGGCGCUGCUGGGGGCGGCGGAGCGCGUGUCCCGGAGCCCGGCGCUCACCGGUUUCUUUGCGCCGCAACCCCUUGACCUGGAGCCCACACUGCCACCUGGCAGUCUGGUGAUCCUGCCUGCCCCUGAAGAGCCCCCGCCCCACCCACCGGACAGCCUCACUAUCCGUAGCCUGGAGGCUCAGAGCCUGCGCUGCCUGCAGCCUUUCAGCACCCAGGACAUGCAGGGCCGGCCUUUCCAAGCACGGGCCCAGGAGGCCCUAGACGUGCUGCUGCGACACCCCUCAGGCUGGUGGCUGGUGGCAAAUGAAGACCAGCAGACAGCAUGGUUUCCUGCUCCCUACCUGGAGGAAGCAGCCUUGGGCCAAGAGCAACAACCCCUAGGGAGUGGUGGGCCCCAAUUCUGCACUGCCCUCGCCUAUGAGAGCAGCCACGAGGAUGAACUGUCCGUGCCCGCAGGGGCGCGCGUGCGCGUGCUGGAAACAUCCGACCGUGGCUGGUGGCUGUGCAGGUUCGGCAGGCGCUCUGGUCUUCUCCCAGCCGUGCGGCUGCGACCAGAGGGCCUGGGCGCUCUCCUGAGUAGACCCGGGCUCCACCGCGAGGCCAACGGCGAGGAGAUUAGAGUGGGAGAGGCCCAAAGCUCCCUUGAGACCUCCCAGGCCGCAACCCUUCCCCCUACCGUGCCCGCCCGCCCCACGCUGAGCGCCAUUCAGAGCCGCUGCUGCACCAUCACCCGCAGGGCACUGCUGCGCAAGGACCCCCUUGAGGGUGUGUGGAAUUGCGCAGAGGGCAAGCCAAACGCUCCAGACCCCGGGGAGGACUGAUGCCAGCCACCACCAUCAGGGCUGGAGGAGGAGCAUGUGAGGGUGGGAGCCCUGGCGGGAAGGGCCAGGAAGCUAUACUCCUCUGUCGCCUGAGUAAAGCUCUUCUGACUGAUC